UCUGGGCCCAAAUUAGUUUUUUGGUAAUUCUUGUCGGAGCCCAAAACUAAUGUGACAUUAGCCCAUCUCUUUUCCCGUUUUAGCCUCACACGCGUCUAAGGAAACGGAAGAGUUCUUUUGUUUUUCCCGAGGUGUUCAUGCGUGUAUAUGUGGGGUUCUCUUAAAUGAAUCCAUAUUCUUCUGCACUAGACUGUUGAGUUUCUUUGUUCUUCUCUCUAUUUUUCUUCCUCCAUUAAAACCCUAAUUGCGAUCAUUUCUCCCAGUUUUCUUACCAUCUUCCGUCUCUUUCUUUUUUUGUCACACGGAACUACAACCACUUCGCCGUCGCGACUUGCCGGAGUGUCUGUGCCCCCGAUUAUAGCGUUAACGCGGUGGAUUCAUCCGAAGAUAAUAUGGCUGAGUUGGAGCUUCCUUCCCGAUUGUUCGCCGAUAGAGAGGAACCUGCUGGUGACAGAGUGAAUAUGUACUUCAAGCUCAACACGAUCAAGGCUGUGCUCAAAGCCCUUACGCCUGAAGAACUUGAUACCAUUAGGCCGUGCUUUGGGAAACUUCUUGAUGUCUACUCCAAACCGGUGUUCUCUGGCAAAUUGGCUCACUUUCUGUUAACCCGCCAGCUCAAUGUUGUAAAGCGACAUGAGAUAUGGGUUGUUUUUGCUGGCAAACCGGUCCGAUUUUCUCUCAGGGAGUUUGGUUUGGUCACCGGCCUAAAUUGCCAGCCUCUUCCAGCCCUGGAUAGAGCUUUAACCAAGUGUCCUCCCGGCGUCACUCCCUACUGGUUCACUCUGUUUGGUGGUGAAGAAUGUUUCACCGGAGAGAUGUUGUUGGGCAAGCUUCGAAGGCCAAAGGCACUGUCUAGUGAAGUGAGAGUCAAGUAUGCCUGUUUGUUACUUGUUGAUGGUUUUCUUUGUCGUCGAUCAUUCCACAUGAAGAUUCCUAAGGAGCAUGUGGAGAUGAUUCAUGAUCUUGAUGUCUUUUUGAAAUACCCUUGGGGGCGCUACAGUUUCGAUAUGACAAUGCAAUGCAUUAAGUCAAGAUCUCUCAAUCAAUUAGCUCAAGCAACUGUGGCUAUUCAAGGUUUCAUCCAUGCACUUGGUCUGGUUUUGGUGGAGGCCGUCCCAGCUGUUUUGUCUGCUGUUGGUGAAAUAACUGACCCCGAGUCUGGGGAUGAAGAUGUUUUCCCAGUUAUUUCACUGAAACUGGAUAAGGUUUGGGACCUCGACAAAGAUUCCAAGGUUGAUGUCUUCUCUAUAAUACCUGCGCCCCACGAUGUUGUUGGUUUAGAAGAUUGUAGUUGGGCUGAUGAGGUCCGUGACCCAGGUGUUGAAGUUAUUCUUUCUAAAAUUGAAGAGGGAUGCGAAUUCAACCGAGGGAUGUUUGUAGGGGGACUUAGAGGCGCUGUUUUGCAUGUGGAGGCUCCUCCUCGGGUAGUUAACAAAGGUAAACACAAAGUUCGGUCCAGGCAUAGUGGUGAACAUCUGGUCAGAGGUGGAUCCUCUAGGGACAAGAAAUUGAAGGUUCGUAGUGGUAAGGGUAAGCAUGUCCUGUCUGACCCUAAUACUUCCCUUCUUGGGGCUCUUAGAAAUGAAAUCGAGGCUAGUCUGAAGGAUGCUCGUGGUGAUGUAUAUGCUCAUGUUUAUGUUGACUUGAAAGAAAUGGAGUUGAGGUUGGAGAGGAGUAUGAAACGAAGUAUUUUCUCUGCGGUUGCUGAGGCUCUCAGUUCUAUGGAAAUUGUAAAGAGUGUUGUUACUGAGGUUGGGGUUGGUACUUCUGAUCCUUACAGCCAGCCUCCCGCUAAUGGUGCAUCUAACCCUGUCAAUCCUGCUAAAGUUGCAUCUAUCCUCGUGAAUCCUGCUGAUGGUGCAUCAUCUCCUGUCAAUCCAGCUGCAACCUCCAACUUGAAUGGUGAAUCUGAAGAGGUAAUUCGCUUGUUCUGUGUCACUAGUUACAGUUUUAAAUUCAUUUUAGUGACCUUUUCUAUUUUCUAGGCU